AUGUGCAAGGAUGAGGUUGAACCAGACUGGGACGUCGAUGUGGGGCUUGUGGACGGCUGGGGCGGACAGGCCAUACGGUGGUCAAUGCAGUGGAGUGAUAGAAGCAGGACCGGUGAAGGGCUCUCAGGAGAAGAUCUCUCGCAGAACACACGCUGGGGCGCUGAAGAGCCGGAUGCUUCCAGCAAAAAAUGGCACGCCACUAACUGUUUCUCGCAAUUCCGGUUUGUCUGCUAUGAAGACAACCUGGUGGUGGUGAAUGAGAGGAAGACAUGGGAGGACGCCGUCAGACACUGCAGGGAAAUGAAUACAUCAUGCGUUGACGAUACGGGACACCCGACGCACUGCUAUGACCUCCUGAGCCUGACAAACUCGCUUCACUACGGCUAUGUCACGGACAAGAUCUACAGAGCCACAACUGAUGAGGUUUGGGUAGGCCUCCGCUUCCUGGGUGGAGAGUGGUGGUGGUUGAAUGGAGAGAAGCCAGAAGACCAAGGGAUGCUGCCAAACUGUCCGUCCCAGUGGAAGCACUGUGGAAGCUUUUCCAAAUAUAACACUAGCGGUGUUAAUGCUCAACAGUCCUUGAUCAUCAAGGACUGUUCAGAAAGACAAAAUUUCAUCUGUCAGAAAGGUGGUAAAGAUUGGGAAAACGAUAAUGAGUUUAAAGGGCUAAAGUGA